CAAAAUUACAUUUUUAGAUAAAAAUAGUACAGAUAAUAUUUUCUAAAUAUUUGAUUCCUUAUUCUUUAACUGUUAUUCUAGAAAAUUUCAUUGUACAAAUUAGGUGCUUAGGAAAUUAAUUCUUCGAAACUGUAGAUCAUAUUUCAGUUAGUAUUUUUUUGUGAUUCCUCAACUUACAUUUAUUUGUAGACAAUGUUGUAUAUUGAAGUCAAUAUUCUAUAAAGUGAAAGAUCGCUAUGUAAGCAUUCCUUUUUUAUUGCCUUCAUAAAAAUUCCAACGAAAAAGUAAUAAACCCUUCACCUAUCAAUGAAAAACUCUAUCCUCCUCAAGACUGUUGAACAAAGAAAUAUUACAACUCGAUCGGCUGAAACAUUAAAAUAAAUUAAAAAAUUGAAAUUUCCUCAUUCUGCUUUCCCAUGUUAAGGUUUUUCUUCGUCUCCGAUGUAUUUUGUUCUUCCUGCUCGAGAAAUUUUCCCUCAUACAAUACUUCUGUUUUUCGUCAACAUUUUCCUGCCGUCGUCAACCUGCCGCAAUGGAAUGGGCCGACAACAAAUACCAUUAUUUCACUCCACAAUGAAAUCCUUUGAAGCUGAACCUUUUCCCUGACAUUGGCCUAUAUCACUGACAGCUUAUUUCUCUGUUGACAUGAUCCUCCACCAAACAAUCGUACAUUGUCGUACUGGCAGCAAGUGUCGAAUUACGCUUGCCCUUCAAGGAGAGAGCACUAUAAACUGCAACAACAACAAAAAAAACUAUGUCACGCGAGGAUGGACAGUUCGAUGUUUUGGUUUCUGCUCACAUCGACGUCACCGUUGAUGCGUAGUCCAGCAAUCCGUACCAAGACUGUCACUGUCGUCAAUCGUCUAGACGUCCCGGGUUUUACAUCCUUUUGCCCGACGGUGGUGCACCGGCCAUGGCGGCGCUUCCUGGGGUUUUGUAAAUUUGUGUUACACAACCGAACGUGUCCCCGUACCGUUGUCGCUGUCCUGCGUGGGCCAUCCGGCGCUGGAUUUCGAUUAUGUAAAACAGACAUAACAUCCAACAUGCUCGGUACUUGCUGGGUCGGGUCCGAAGUCCUUGGAGGUCCCUAAAGGCCGCACCAGCAAAAGAAGGAAAAGCGACUCGAACGAGAGAAAAAACCAUACACAAAUCAAACAAAUUGGACAUACAACAUUGCUUCCAGAUGUCGUUCCAGCGGAUGGGAAACGAGAGAAGCUUGCGGGAAGGCGAAACGAAAUGUACAGAAACAAAAUCAAUAUGUUUUUGCUUAAUACUUCGUAGGUAAUUUCUACGUGUAGGGCAGAAUAGAUGAGCGAGUAGAAAAAAAAAUUCAAGGAAUUUGAAUUACUUUCACUUAAGAAAGAGUCGGUGGCAUUUGUAUUAAUAAUUAAUAUUUUCCGUCUAGGUAUCGACGGUAGACAACACCGCCAUCUUUAAUACAGCAGGUCCAGAUUUGUAUUGGUUCGUGGCGGGAAAAUGAAAAUUGCUUUGAUAGCAUCCCGACUGCGCAAGACUAGACACACGCGCGAAACAUUUCCAAUACGUUGAAAACUUCCCAUGAAAGGCCCGUGUACCAAUCAGUGAUUCUCUUUCUCCUUACGAAAAGAUCACACCGUAACUCUGUGCCGCCAGAGAGCACAGACACCAACCGUGCAUGCGUAGUAUAUCUGAUUGUGGGUUUACGAUCAAAUUUGUAAGAAAAUUAGUGUACGCUCACAAACGGGGGGAGAAAAAAGGCCGUAAAUCAAUGGAGCACGGAUGAAAAUCUUUGAAAAGGAUGGCAAUAUUCAAAUACGAUCGGAACAUGUUCUGGCAAAUGUUUAGCUUUUCCGCUCAAUGAUGUCAAGUACCGUCGAGUGCCGUCUCUUUUCUGCGUACAGAUCGGUACGUGGCCCAGAACGGAUGAAAAUUUGAACGAACGCAUAGUGGAAUGUGUUUCGAAUCUGUUUGCCCGUACCAGUAAGAACAGUCGGUCACAUGUGGUUAUGUCGAAAGGACGUUGGACUAAAAGUUGCACUUAUUGCCGUGCAGGUCUGUACAGAAGUGUCUCAUUGGUGAUUGUGUCACGGUUGGUUUAAAAUGGAUUAAAAUCGUUAAGUUUGGAAACAGUGAUAAAAGUGCCAUUUUCCGUAUAUUAAAGGGGUUUAAAGAAAGCCCUAAAAGUGACCUUAAAGUUCCAAGGAAUUUUAUAGCGUAUGUGUGUUUGAAAAUGUGCAAAUCGUAAAAAUAGAUCUUGAAGUUAAAAUAGUGAAAAACUAUUACUGUGAACAUAUUAAUCACUUCGCUAAUUGUUCAGUGACUAAAACAUUGUUAAAAAGACAAAUACACUGAGUAAUUCGUGUGUAAAAUAAAAUGCUCCAGCAAGGAUAUUGUGAUCUAACACACGCGGACUUAUCAAGUGGUAGUGAGACGAACAAUAAUACACCAUUCUCGGUAAAGGACAUACUCAACAUGGUCGAAUCAGGUGCCGGAGUAAUGGAUAGUUAUCUGAAUUGUCAAAUGGAAAGUGCUCCUAACCACUUUGCAUACACACCUUACACCGGUUACGAAACUUCCUAUCAUCCACCGGAUCCGUACGGCAUGAUUUCCCACGGUUACCUGUCGCAAGCUCACCAUCACCAUGACCUCAACUAUGGUCCUUCGACGUACGACUUUAGCUCCGCUUCUGUUCCCUCAACCGUCUUACCACCUCACUUACCUCCACCCCAUUAUUCGCACACCCCUCAAUCCUACGGCUAUCAUAAUGCAACGAUCAGCUCGGCCACUAUCUCCGCCAACACAACAUCCAGUCCAGCACUCAGUUCCGUAGCCAGCUCUGUGGGAUCCGAGCUAGAAUUAGGCGCCUACGGUAAUCCGGAAAAGUCCUCCAUGAUAAGCGAACACGAACAUCAGUGUUCGAACUUUCUGCUACAGGACGUUCGACCCACACUGCUCGAUACUAGCACACCUUUGGAUAAUGUAUCGGACACGCGAAGUCCUCACGAUGGUAUCAAGGUAAAGGAAGAAUCCUUCUCGAGCGUUUCCACCUGCGUAACGUCGGAACACGUGCAGGAAUUGGACAGUUUGUGUCAGCUGAACAACAACACCAACACCGAGGAGGAUAUGUUGCAAAAAGAAUGUAGCACCCAGCUCGUCACAUCGUCCCGUUGCGAGUUACGCAAGAACGGUAAACUACGGGCGAAACGGAAGCCACGCAUUCUGUUCUCCCAGGGACAGGUGUUGGAACUCGAGCGACGGUUUCGCCAGCAGCGCUACCUGUCGGCACCGGAGCGCGAAACCCUGGCCAGUAUCUUGAAGUUGACACCAACUCAGGUGAAGAUCUGGUUUCAAAAUCGUCGCUACAAAUCAAAACGCGUCCAGAUAGAGAGUGCGUCCACGUCCAAGUGUGACACAACAUCUUCCGGCACCGGUGUUCCUAGGUGUCCCUCAGAUUCUGGAUCUAGCAGCAAAGAUUAUGAUGAACUAUCGCUCGGAAUUACGGUUGGGGCAGGGUCGGGAACUUAUGGUGCCGGGUUUCAUGCGACGAACAGUACCACAGGACCUACGAUGGGAUCAAGUAUGAGCUCGUCGAUCGGUGGAGGAUCUUCAACUACAGUACCGCCACCUCCUUAUCCAUCCUAUGGCAUCCAGUACUCCGAACAGUACUCAUCGACACCUCCUCCUCCACCACCCAAUCCUUACUACGAUCAAAAAGUGUCCUACUGGUAGGCGGCGCAGUGUAAGUAGGUCAAUCAGUUGUAAAUAGUUGUAACCGUAUCGAAAAUUUCUUAUUGCAUUCAGACAAACUUUGUGGACAAUAAAACAAUCAAAUUGAUUUAGUGGUAAAGAAAUAUGGUGUUUUGUUUAUAGUCGAAAUACAAAAAAUAAUUCCAUAACUAUGUCUAACCUAAUUGCUGUGACAUCGACAUAAAGUUAACACAUCCAUCAUCACAUCGUGAACGAUCGCACGCAAAUGCACAUCUGGUUUGGCCAAUGAUAGCAGUAUGAUAGCUUUAGGUCAACCGUAAUUCGAUAGUGGCUCCCGAAAAUAAGCGAAACCUAAUAAACCUUGUAGACGGGUGUGCACAUCAGUUUGUUGUCGAGAAUGAAUGACUAAAAUGGGCCCCAUGCUCCAUCCUCCGGCCGCUGCGGCUUUCCACGUUCGAUUGACAGCAAAUGAAACCUGAUUCGGCGCUCCGUAUGUCAAGCAAAUAAAGACCAAAUCGUUUACUGCCCCCGGCUUCUCCCCGCAGAUUGCAUUAUGAUCGAUUAAGGCGUCUCAUUCAUUCAUUCGUAUCGCGUGUGGUUCAUGUCGGAAUAGUUGAGUUGAGUGACGAAAUCGCACACCAGCAGCAAGCAGAUCCUUCCGUUUUCACUGUUUUUUGUUUUUUUGUUUUAUUGCUUCGUUCUUUUCUUCAGCAUUGGAUCGAAACUGUUCCAGUUUCGAAAAAGAAAGACAAAACUCCCUUUUGGAAAAUGGUUUUGCUCAAGCCGAGGUCGACCGAGGGCAUCUGCUUUACGUUCUGUCAAAGAAACGAUUAGCCCGGAUAACCCUUACGGUUCCUCGCGGUACCAUCGGUUCCAUCGCAUGGUUGCGAUCGUAAGUCAUAGAUGUAAGUGGUCGAACGCGGGACCUAAGCUGGGGCGGAUAAAAUGGAAAAUGAGCAAAUGCCAUAAAUCGUAGUUUUCCCUUCGUAUUCGGCGCGUACGGCCGGUGCGUUCUAAUUGUGCGUGCGGUGCAGCGUGCAACCGACACUUUUCAUUUUAGUGUGCACCGAACUCAAAAGUCAGUGGUCUUAUAAUAUGCUUUACCGCCGGUUUACUCUUCCAAUCGUUUCUAGUGGCACCCAUUAAUUUCCCAUCAAAGAUAGAGAUGUUCUGAGAGGUCGAUUGCCCGCUCAUAGGGCAUAGGGGACGGCGAUGGGAAAUUCUAAGCCAGUAGACUUCAGGUUCGAUCGGUUUUCAUUUCAAACCUUCCAACAUGCGAUACAGAUAACGUCUGUUUUGAAAAAUGUGUUAUCAAAUCUAGGCCGAAGUAUUGUGGAGUGGGGUGAGACUUUGAAAAAUUGGAUAUUGUUUAUGAUGCAUAUGCGGGGACAUUCAUUUCCACAUUGAUGAAGUGUGUCCUUGAAGUUAUGCGUAAAAAC